GGUUUUCGUCUCCCAAAAUCAGGACAUCAAGUUAGGUGGUGAAGGAAUGCACGUCGAGAUCGAUGAGACCUUCACCAGGAGGCGAAAAUACAACCGCGGCCGCGUAGGUGUAGGCACACAAAUUACUAUAUUUGGUGCCUACUGUCGGGAAACGAGAGAGCUGAUGUACUGGCAUGUGGACAACAAAAGCAGAAGAGUUCUGUGGAGCCACAUGCUCAGAUACAUCGCUCCAAAAUCCAUCAUUGUUUCCGACAGCGCGGCCCAGUAUCGCGGUUGUACGGCUUUGGGCUUCUCGGGACAUAAGAUCGUCAAUCACAGCUGGCGGGGCCCCGGGAGAUUCGUCGACACGGAUGAUCCCGAGGCCCACACUCAGAACAUCGAGUGUAGAAAUCGCUGGCUGAAGAAGUCCAUAAAGUCGCUCCGCACGGACAGGAGUCUGCAAAGUUACGCCUGCACAUACGUGUACAGGACGCGGUUCCUGUCCCAGUCGCCAACAACAUCGGCGAAAUUCCGGCAGUUCAUCGGGGACAUCGUGGCCGUCUACCCGGGCCCCGGUCGCCAGGGUCUGCAACUCCAGACGAUCGGUGUGCCCGCGGAUGAACAUCUGCCGCCCGACGAGCCGUAUUUCGAUGUUCCCGUGCACGAGGGCGACGAAGAGGAACGGCAGGGGGAUGACGACCGCCCAACAACAUCGGGCACCACCACCACCACCACCUUCGUCAUCGACCCCCAGGACCUAGCCGAGGCGGGGACCAGCGGCCUCACCCCGUCCUCACCUACGCAACAUCAGGAUCCAGCUAGGCGUCGCCAGGUAGCGAGAGGACGUCGCGGGAGACCCAAGAGGAGACGCUGUUGAAGGUGAGUGGAGGAUCUGUUUUCUUUCCGUCGUCAGUUAGAAUGUGAUAGAGAUAGAGAAAUGAAAUCGUGCGCGGUUUAGGUGUGAGCAGCAUCUGUUUUCUU